GAGGUCCGGCCGGAGCAGCGCAGGCGCGGCGGGCCGGGGGCAGCGCGGUGCCGGCCGCCAUGGAGGUGGGGGCGGCGGGCUUCGAGCGGCGCCUGCCGCGCCUGCGGGGCCGCGUCCGCCGCGCCGCCUUCCUGGCCCUCGAUAUGGAGUUUACUGGCUUACAUUCCAUUUCCCCACAAAAUAACCAGCCCAGCCUGUUCGAUUCCCCAGCGGAGCGGUACCUGAAGGCCAGGCAGAGCGUCCAGCGCUUCACUGUUACGCAGCUCGGGCUGGCAGUAUUUUCAAACGAAAAUUCAAACAAGUAUGUGGUGCAUUCGUACAACUUUUUUCUCUUUCCCUCAACGUUGGGACUUACGGAUGUUGAAUUCACCCUCUCUGCAUCUAGCAUUCAGUUCCUGUCUCAUUAUGGCUUUGACUAUAGUAAGUUCCUCAAAGAUGGAAUCCCGUACAUGAAUGAGGUACAGGAGAAGAUCCUUAGCCAGCAUCUCUUAGCGGGUAGCUCAAAAGUUAGCAGUGCCCUGGACAGGGAUGUGCUGAAGAAGGCUAUUGAUGAAGUGACCUGUUGGAUAGUAGCAGCAGAGGAAGAGGAGACUAUGAUUCUGCAGGACCUGAAUGGCUAUCAGAUGUUUGAAGUUCAACUGGUUCUGAGAAAGGCCCUCCAAAAUGUUUGGACACAGCCUCUGGGAGACAAGAAGGUAAUGGUGAGGAAAGUGAGUCCACAGCAUCGUCAGCUUCUGGAGAACUCUCCUUAUGACUACUGCCGGAAGGAGCUCAUUCUCCUGUCUGCCCGGGGUUUCACCAACCUCUUCCAGACACUUGUUAAAGCCAAGAAGCCCCUGGUGGGACACAACAUGCUUAUGGACCUUAUGCAUCUUCACGACAAGUUCUACAAGCCCCUUCCAGAAAGCUAUGAGGAGUUUAAAAGGAACAUUCACAACCUGUUUCCUGUCCUCAUAGACACCAAGACUGUAACAAAAUCCAUCUGGAAGAAAUGUCCACUUCCUCGAGUAGUUAAUCUUUUGGAGGUGUAUGAGGUUUUGUGCAGCAACCUAAAUCCCAAAGAUUCAACGUGCCCAGUGAUAGCUCUUGCAAGUGACUGCUCAAGAUAUGCCGAGAAGAAAUCUCCUCACGAGGCAGGCUAUGAUGCAUUUCUCUGUGGUUCAGUUCUUCUGAAGUCAGCUCAUUUGCUACUGUGCAGAUCCACAGAUGAUGCAGUGGAGGCCGAUCCUUCUUUCUCUCAGUAUCUCACCGUGUUAGCCGAGUAUCUGAACAAAGUGAAUUUCAUCCGAGGUGGUGUUUCAAGCAUUAAUUUUUCUGGGAAAGACACUCCAUGCGAAUAUCCCCCUGCCUUGGUUGUCCAUGUCCGAGGCUGGCCAGGGCUGAAUGAAAGGCAGAUUUACGAAGAGUUUAAACCGCUUUGUCUCUUUGAUGUCAGACGGCUUUCAAAGAACCAGUUCAUUAUGCUCUCCAACAAAUUUAAGCACGUCAGGCUGGUCCUGCGAGAUUAUAAGCAUCACCCUCAUCUGCGGGUUUCCGUCUAUCGCCACUGGAGGCACUCUCCACGAGUGAACUGCCUGCUGCAAGUCUCUGGUAUUGUGGCACUGUGGUCUCUCCUGGCCUUUGUGCUCGGAGGAGCUCCUUGCUGUUCGUUGUAAAGGACUGCCUUACAGAAGAGAGUGAGGAAUGUGGAUCUUACUUUUUGUGUUUGUCUAUGUUUUGUUUUGUUUCAUUUCAUUCAAUAAACUAUGAGGGGGGAAAAAAAGCUAUGAAUAAUGUUUUUAACUGCUUUUUUGGAAAUGUGUUUUUAAAGAGGAUGCAUUGGUUUCCAGUUUGUGGUAUUUUGUCAUCCAUUCAAAGCAUGCACCCCUGCUGAAGAGGGGAGGGAUGCCUAAUUUACUUUGAUCCUCUGUUAGUUCUUCACAGCUGUUCGUAACCCCAGGUUGUUCCCAGUGCUUGUGCUGCUGCAUAAAACACGUUUCUGAUGCAGUUUGUGAAGUUAUGAAAUGAAAGGGGCUAUUUUUAGCUUCAGUUGUAAAGCAGGGGAAAUGUCACUGUUUACCAGAUGAAAAUGGGCAGAGUUGAUGGAGAAACCGCUCUUGGGGCUCGUGGAGGAUUCUGGGGAAUAGUAAAUAAUUUGCAGUGCUGCCAAUGUCGUGCAGUGGUAGUUUCAGUGGCAGUGGAGCUUGAGGAUAGACACGGGUAAGUGGAAUUUACCAGCUUCCAGUUUGUAGAAUACAGACAGGUCAGGUGAGUUGGCACGCAUUUCUAGUUGCCCGCAGUGCACAGCAUGUGCGUGGUCCUUUAUCCAAAAAUAUCAUGGGAUGUUGGUCAGUUUCUCUGAUACAGUUGGAGUAUUUGUCAGUCCACGGACUCAGGUCUUCAGAAACUUUUCUGUUGAAUUUCCUUCUCUUCUUAAAAAACAACCUGCUGAUCCAUGAUUUCCAAAUAAUGGUCCCUGGAUUUCAUCGGUGAGACCUAAUUGGGUGGGGAACAUGGUCAUCUAAUAUGCAGAAUCUGCCUUUAAUUGGCUCUAAAACGGGAGUUGCUGCAGAGGCCCUUAAAUUAGCAGCAGGGCAUUGCAGCGUGCCUGAAGAUCACGUGCUCUCUGCUGCUCAUGGUUUGCUGAUCUUUAGGAGAAAAAGGCAGCGUAUCUUCAGAUGUGGUUCUCGAGUUCUGCACAGCCUGUGGUUUACAGCUCUUACUUUGUAAGCUAGCUCCUCGUGAAGCAAGUAAAUGACUGAUUACCUUUUAAUUUUUUUUUUUCUGGUAAUCUCUUCAGUGAUGGGGUUUCUUUGUUGCAGCGUAAGUAUCUUCCUGUUUAUUCUGUAAUAUUUUUUUUUUGUGUCUUUUAGCAUCAGGAGAGACACCCACUGUGUCAAGGAGAGCACAGGCUCUGUGUGUUGGGAAAACUUUCACUGGGUGUUAUGUGCAGCAGCAUGCAUUUUCCCAUAAAAACACUCUUGGCUUAUGAUCUGGAAAACGUAAUACCCUUGUUCUCUGGAACCUGUAUUCAGCUAGCUACUUAAAUGUGGGGAGAUGCAGCCUCACUUGCAUCUAAUCUUUACAGUCCGGGGAUCAUGAAGAUAUAGAUGCUGUUACCUUUGAGAAGCACAGCGGUUUUUAAGGGAGCAUGCACUUUGAAGGAACAAAGAAAUUGUCUGUUCUGCCUUUAAAUUUUGCUCCCUUCCUCCCGUUUUCUUCUCCACAUGGCAAAUAGACAAAUAACUAAUUACUUCCCUGCAGUACGAUCUUCUGUCUUGGCUCACCCUCUAGAGAAACACACUUCCCCAUGGAAGAAGGCAGAGAUCCUUUCGACCCUUUUUGAGGAAUAGCCCACGGGUCUGACUGUGCCUUCUCCCUUUCCAAGGGACAGGCAUACCUCGUGUAGCAACAUGGUGUAGCAAAUCAAAGAGACUUGGCUUUCCUGCAUUAGGGAUUAUAAAUAGCAGUUGCUGUAGAUCUACUAGAUAUUCCUACUAUAAAUCAGUUACAUUUACACGCAGAGUAAAUACAUGAAGAAGAAAUCAGAGCAGUCUCUGUAUAUUCUGAUCUCCCUCUUAAGGGAUAAUUUUACAGAAGCAAGUUGCCUGCCUGUAAUAACCUAGGGUCACUUGCUGCUCAGAGCCUUUUAAAACCAUCAAUCAGAUGUACUAGCAGUCAGUUCCCAUGAAAUGGGUUAGCUGGGGGCCAGUCUAACAAAUCGGAGCAGCAACUUUUAGCUGUGGGAACAGAGGUACAAGUUUUUCUGAGCGGCAGUGGAUCAAGACAAAAUCUCCCUGAGCAUGGUGGUCUGGCCGUUCCGACCUCAGCCGUUGCUUUUGCUCCAGACUCGGGAAUUGUUAUUCAUUGAAGUGGGAAGUUCAAGUUAUGCCCGUCCUGUGUGUCUUCUUGCAAGGAGUGGGGGGCACACCUUUUGAUUCUUGCGAGGCCAAUUCAAGGCGACGGAACCUGCCUCGUAACUCUGGCGCUGAAGAGGUGCGUGUCAAAGUUGCCGAGUGGCUGGGCGGGCUGGCAGCUCAGAAAAUCAAGCCUGUCUCCUGAAGACGGUGAUAAAACCACAGCGAAGUCCUUGGGAGCAGUUACAGCACACCUGCUUCUCAGCGCUAUGAGAAACUUGUACUUCAGCUGUAAGGCUUGAAAGGAUAAUUCCAGCCCUCAAAGGAACAAGACGUUAGAAUUUAAGUUCUGAAGGUGUGCGUUAAAAAUAUAUAACCCUGUAAAUGGAGCACUGCAGAUCAGAAUAUAUCUGUUUCCAAGAAAAACUUGAUUUUUGAUACGUUGACUUUUUUUUUUUUUUUUACACUCUCGAGAUUAAAUAUGUGUUUUUUGAGAUAAGAUCUCUACUCUCGUCUCUACCCUCGUGGGAAGCCUCUCAGGGCACCUCCUGUUGCUGAACACAGAGUGGAAGCCUUGCAGUGGAGGAGCUCAGCGUUGUCUCA